CCGGGAGCAGCUUCUGCGGCUGGGAAUCAAGUGCACUGGUCGUUCUCAUUAGUUUUCUCGCCUCCUCCCGCAGAUAUGACCGAGAACAUCCCACUAAAAUCGCAUUCCUAGAUGUCCCGUCCACGUUGGGUUAGUUUAUUUCACGUCUGAGGAUUAUAUUGUGGACUCCAAUGGCUUUUAAAGACUUCUGAGGGGGGAUUCCUAAAGCUCUUCCUGGACCUGGACAGAACUGUACCUACCUGUCAAUAUGUCCAGCUGGAGUGUGAUGGUCUGCACUCACAGGGCUUAUGGAAUAUAGCCUGUUCUGUCACCAUUUUUACGCACUCUCCGUCAGUCCCGUGAAGAAGAAACUCGGGCUCCUCUUCAUCAUGCUGCUCCUCUGGGUCUACAUGCUGUACUCCUGCGUGGGCUACUGUGCCAGUAUGCCACCAAGUUUAGUUGCGGACAAUAAUAAUAACCGAGCGAAGGAGACGGAUUUCCUCGGGAAAUAUGCUGAGGCAGAAAGUGGCCGGCCGGACCUGAUGAUGUCCAAGCUCCUGUCCAGACCGCAGAGCUCGUGGACGGACGUAGAGUCAGAUUAUGAUGAGCCUACGUUCCGGAGAGCUCCCAGAGAUUUCAGUAAAGAUGAAGUCGAUUUGGACCGAGAUGAGGAGUGGGACGACGGGCGGAGAGUUUACCCGCUGUCAAGUUUCUCCAACGGCUCGGGCAGUAAGAAGCUGCCUCAGGCGAUCAUCAUCGGCGUGAAAAAGGGCGGAACGCGCGCGCUGCUGGAGUUUCUGCGCGUGCAUCCAGAUAUUCGCGCGGUCGGUGCGGAGCCGCACUUCUUCGACCGUAACUAUGACAACGGACUGGACUGGUACAGGGACCUGAUGCCUAAAACCCUGGAGGGCCAGAUCACCAUGGAGAAAACACCAAGCUACCCAAGCUACUUCGAGGCUCCGGCCCGGAUCUACGCCAUGUCCCGCGACACCAAGCUGAUCGUGGUGGUCCGGGACCCCGUCACACGAGCCAUCUCUGACUACACGCAGACACUGUCCAAGAAGCCUGACAUUCCUACUUUUGAGAGCCUGACGUUCAAAAACAGGACUACAGGGUUGAUCGACACCUCGUGGAGCGCCAUUCAGAUCGGCAUCUACGCCAAACACCUGGACAACUGGCUGCAGUUCUUCCCCAUGAGCCAGAUCCUGUUCGUGAGCGGAGAGCGGCUGAUCAGUGACCCGGCCGGAGAGCUGGGCCGCGUGCAGGACUUUUUGGGGCUCAAGAGGAUCAUCACAGACAAACACUUCUACUUCAACCAGACCAAGGGCUUCCCUUGUCUCAAAAAGGCAGAGGGCAGCAGCAAGCCCCAUUGCCUGGGUAAAACCAAAGGGCGGAUCCAUCCAAACAUUGACCCUGAGGUCGUGCAGCGACUUAGAGACUUCUACAGACCUUUCAACAUGAAGUUCUACCAGAUGACUGGACAUAACUUUGGUUGGGAUUAACCGUGAAUGGAGGACUUGUUGUUUUCUUUCUUUUUCUGUGUAUUUGAAAUGGCAAAAAGACAUUGAGAUGAUUGC